AUGGCGGACACGGACAUGGAACAGACGAAAACGGAUGUCGCGGUGUACGCGAACGGAAAUUCGCUGCCGACCGAUAAGGAGAUUAUGGAUGGCAUGCUGCAAGUGCGAUUUCUGCACGCCAAAAAGCAAGAUCGCGAUUAUUCACACAUAUUCAGGAAAAAGUCACGCUUGCAGUUGAUACGACUCUCAAUGGUAAUCGUCGGUAUCGAGUUCCUGUACGCAGCCGAAACAGCCUUCGUCACACCGAUCCUUCUCGGCAUCGGCCUAUCCCACACCUUCAUGACCAUGAUAUGGGCUUUCUCGCCAGUGCUGGGAUUCUUCUUUGCGCCCAUGAUUGCUUCCUUCAGUGACACGAUCCGGUUGCAGUGGGGAAGACGGCGACCCGUCCUGUUAGCUUUAGGCCUCGCGAUGAUGGCGGGCAUGUGGAUAUUGCCUCACGGUAAAACGAUCGGUGUAUUCUUCGGCGAUCCGGAUGUGCCGGUUGAUCAGAUGGAGGGAUUCCGAUGGUCCAUCCCGGUGACAAUAGUAGGGCUUGUGCUGACGGACUUUGAUGCCGAGACGAGCAACGGUAUUGCACGCGCGUAUUUUAUGGACAGUUGCACACCUGAUGAUCAGGCACGAGUACUGACGACGGCUAUGUUCAUCGGUGGACUGGGAGGUACGGCCGGAUACGUGCUGGGUGCAAUAGACUGGAGCCAAACCAAUCUUGACAUCCUAGGAAGUAACGAAGCGACCGUAUUCCUUUUCGUGUUCAUCGUGCUCGGAAUCGGUUUGCUGAUCACCCUAACUAGCUAUCGUGAAAUUCCGCUGCCUUUGAUGGAAAGGGAUCCCCUCCUGCGACCGAUCAACUCGAACGCAUUCGAAGCGGAAAAGGCUCGCCAACUGGCUGUGUACAGCAUCUCCAAGGACGUGCUCGUCGAUCCCGUCAAACCGGACAAGGACGCUAACGUGUCCGUCGAUGAGGAUGAUGACGAUAAACCCUUGCGGUUGCGGGACUUUGUGAAGAACAUUGUCCGGAUGCCGAAAAGCUUGUUCAUACUGUACUCGACCCAGUUCUUCUCACAGCUCGGAUAUCUUAGCUACUGUCUGUACUUUACUGACUUUGUGGGUGCCGAAGUGUUUGGAGGUGACGUCUCGGCACCGCCCGGAACACCGGAAGCAGCACUGUACGAAGAUGGCGUACGAUACGGUUGCUGGGGGAUGGCAGUAUUUGCAGUGUGCAGUGCGUCCUAUUCAGCCAUCAUCGAGCAGUUGGUGAAGCGGUUUAGUGCUCGUCCAGUGUAUAUUGGAGGACUGUUGCUGUUCAGCUUAGGCAUGCUUUUUAUGGGACUGUUUCGCGAGAAGUUUAUGAUCUUCAUAGCCUGCCCGACGGUGGGCAUCAUGUAUGCUACGAUGUACUCUCUUCCCUACUUGCUGGUGUCACAGUAUCACUCUAAAAACUCUUUCGAAGUAAAAGAUGGUAAGUGUGUACCAAACACUACUAAACGUGGCUUCGGUGCAGACGUUUCACUGAUGAGCAGCAUGCUGUUCCUCGCACAGCUCAUCAUAUCGCUGGCCAUCGGUAGUAUCAUUGAUGCAGUUGAAUCAAACGUAGUGGUCAUCUUCUCCGCCAGCAUAUUCUCCCUUGUCGCUGCCUUGACAGCCUCCCAGAUUGUCUACAUGGGACUGUGAUAGA